UAGUUCAUUUAUCAUUCUAGAUCACCCUAGCCGAAUCCGGUUGUCGCUUUGUCCAACUGAUUCUACCUCAUUCAAGAUUAAAUCUUCAAGUAAUAUUAGAAUUAUACUACUAUUGAUCCCAUCCUCUCUUUCAAUCAACCCAAAUCACUUUUAUUUCAAUUGAAUCUACCCUCUCUCUUCCAAUCAACUUCCCUGUCAAGACCCACUUGUGAAAAAUGUCUUCUGCAACUUUUACAGGUCCAAUUUCUGGGACUGGCUUUGUUGGUCUAAAAUCUAAUUCCUCAAAUCUCUGUCUGAGUACUGGUUCCAUUGGCUGGGAAAAGAAAACUGUCUCCAAUGGCUCUAAAGCUUACUGCAUGAAGACAUGGAAUCCCAUCAACAACAAGAAGUUCGAAACCCUCUCCUACCUCCCUCCACUCUCCGAUGAAUCCGUGGCAAAGGAGAUUGACUACAUGCUUAAGAAAGGAUGGAUACCUUGCCUUGAAUUUGAUGAGGUGGGAUGUAUUAGGAGAGAGAACAGCCAGAUGCCAGGGUACUAUGAUGGAAGGUAUUGGACACUGUGGAAACUACCAAUGUUUGGGUGUACAGAUCCAUCUCAAGUGCUGAAUGAGAUCCAUGAAUGUAAGAAGACAUACCCAAAUGCAUAUAUUCGCUGUUUGGCAUUUGACAACAAGCGCCACAUGCAGGCGAUGGCCUUCAUCAUCCAGAGACCUACCACCACUUGAGCUUCCAUAUUCUGAUGGUCAUCUUUCCCUUCAUUUCAUUUUCCUUUUUCUUUUUUUAAUUUUCCUGUUGGUUGAAGUAAAAUAAUUGGUGUUCACUGGUCUUGCUGGAAGAAGAAUAAGAACUUGUCAUGCCAUGCCUCCACUCGUUGGAGGGGACUACAAAUCUGAUCUGAUUUAGCUUUUCGAAGUGGUUUGAUGUUGCUGAUGUGUGAAACAGCC